AGCCCUCUCAGCCUCCUGGCUGGGUGUUCAGGCCAUGCUCCAUGUCUCUUGAGAGGGCUCAGUCAGGGAUUUACACCAAGCAGUGAGUCCGUAUAUUGGAUGAUACUGUGAUAAAUACUUGAGAGGAAAUGAUGCCCAGUUUUGCCCUUACCUCAGCUUCUAACAAACAUCCUGCCUCUUCAAAACGGAAGCUGUGACUGCUUUACAAGGAACUGAUCUCAAAAGGAGUUGAUCCCCCUUAAGCAAUGAGUCUGUGAAUGCUCAGACAGUGGAGGGGAGGUGUUUCUAUGUCUGGCUGAAGCAAGGCCUCAUUUUCCUUGCUGGGAAGCACGAGCAGGUCCAAACAAUAAAGGCUCCACCAGGGCUGUCUUGUCAGUGAGGUGGUUUAACUCCUUCAAGUUGCAGAGCUGCUGUGGGUGCAUCCUGUGUGAGGAUAUCUGUCUAUCUAUCAUCUAUCUAUCUAUCUAUCUUUUUGCUGUGAUAAAACUAAUUUUUUGUAAUUGGCAAAAAAACCCAAAGAUUGUCAAGUGAGUUGAGAGACGUGAUCUGAGUGUACGUGGGACUCUUUCCUUGGCCGGAUCAUGGUGCAAGCUUUGCACAGCAGUGUGGGGCACUAGGGCCAUGUGCACGUUGUGCUAGAUUUGGCUGUGGCUGUGCGCUGGGCCUGUGCCAGCGGUUGAGGAAAAGCAAUGGGCCUGCUUGCAGAGAUAGAGCCAGCUCUGCAAUAAAGCUAGGCUGGGGGGGACCUCUGUGUGCUAAUCCUUCACCCCCUUGCACCUUUGCAAGGAAAACCCUCUGGGGAGCCGCUUGGGAAUAAAGAACUGAAACUGGGUUUUGGCUCCUGAAAUGACAUCUGCCUUCCUGACCGUGUCCUGUCUUGAACUAGUGGCAGGGGGCCAAAGUCCUACAGGCAGUUGCCUCUCUGGGAUCUCAGCAGGAGCCGUGUUUGCAGCACUGUGGCCCAAGUGAGGCAGGACAGGCAUCUCACAGGGAGCGUGCAGUGAAGGUGCUGUAACAGCAGCCUGCCAUUUCAGGGAUCUCUGUGGUGCUGGGUGCUCUGACAAGCAUUUGCCAGGGCUUGGCAUCUUACUAGCAGUAUUAGCCCCAUCAGAGAAACCACAGGUGUGUCCCCAAAGCACAGAUUGUUUUCUGUUGGCAAGUAUCACUCUCUGCUGGUGUCCUUGCUCUUCUCUAGGGCUAUGCUAGGCAUCUUUGCCAGAUGAUACAGAGCAGGGAAGCAAUGCCCCAGGCUUCCACCUUCUCUGCUUUUUCCAUGGUGGGGCACUUCCAUAGGUGCCUGCACAGUGUGGUUGUUCACCAGCUGGCUGUGGGUAGUCACCUGUUGCCGCAGUGGGUGGGUAUGGGCUUGGUCUGUGACAUUGAGGAGUUGUGUAAUACACUUGUGGCACUGGAUCAUCUUGUUCUUCUUUCUGUACCGAGGCUCUUAAAUUUCAAGCACUUCCCAGUCACUAGGAUUUCAGGCCUCAGCAGUGAUAGCUGAUCUUCCUGAAAGGUUUUGGUCUGUUGUAUAUUCAGGAAAAACAUUUCCAGAGCUGCUCCUAGGGCACAGACCGUGUAUGUUCCUGUGUCUCUGUAGCAUCUAGGACCUCUGUGCUAAAUGGAGUAAAAUAAAAUGUGCUCCUAAAGCCAUGUGGGAACACAGUGCUGUCUCCAUGGUGCCUUUUAGUAAACCACAAAGGUGGUGCUAACAGGUGUUUCUUCAUCUGGGCUCCCAUAGGCUGGGAGAGCAUCCCUCUCAUACCUGCAGAGAUUUCAUGGUAUGUUAUUGACCAGAAAAGUUCCUUCCCGCUCCCCUAGCCAUUUCCCAGAGGGACCUUUCAGUGGAGGCAGAAUUGCAAAUUUGUGUCUCUGCAGUCCAAGAGAAAACACAAAAAAUCAUGGGCUGGUGAGUUUGCCAGAUGAAAUGGAUGGAAAGUACUUGAAGAGAGAGGUCCUUAAACACACUCUCUCAAGGGAAUGGAGGCAAAAGCACAGGGGCUUGAGAGUGUUUAUAUGGCUUUGAGUACAGCAGUAGCUUCUUCACGCUUUGUUGGUUUAAGUUAUGAUGAUGGCAUGUUUGUCCUUUUCUGCAAUUUUGACAGGAUACAUGUACUUGCAGAACCCAAGCAACGAUUUUGUGACAGCAGUCCCAGGCUUGUGUGGGGAACCCAGCAGAUGAUAUGGACCCCCUCGUGGGGUGCUAUGACAGCUCGACCAUCUGCAAGAAUAUUGUCACUGUCCAAGCCCAAGAAAGAUUAUAGCGAGUACCAGUGCAGAUGCAGACCAGUGAUCGGUGGGCGUCCCCCGCUAGCGAAGUUUGGCUACCCUUCUGAACGGCUGCUGAGGUUGGCUGAACCUAAAAAAUACCUCCCUGCUUACCUGGAACAAAGAGCCCGUGAGUCCCCCGAGUGGCCCGUGUCCCCGGCUGCACGGAACUAUAAUGCCUCCCAGCGGAUCCUGGAGCUUGCCCGGCCAAAGCCGCUGCACCCAGACUUCCUGCCGGCCAGAGAGGUGCCAACAGAGGUUUCCAAGUUUGCGACCUCGGCCAGUGCAUCAGCGCGGAUCCAGCAACUGGCAGAGCCCUUGAUUAGGGAGAUGACGUGCUGCUCUAGGCACACCCAUCCUGGUCCUGCCAUCUCUGCGGUUUCCAGGUCUCAGAAGGUAAUUGUGAGCCCUCGGACCAUUGAGCUGUCGAGGCCAAAACAACUCCACGCAGACUAUGCACACCCGCGGGAUCCUGAGUGGCCCGUGACAGAGGCUGCCAAGCGCGCAGUGGCUACACCAAGGGUUCUGGAGCUGGCCCAGCCUAGCGCAAGACCUCGUGUGGGCUUGACUGCAUACAACCCAGAUGCAUUCAGAGUGAAGGAGGCUGCUUUGAAGGCAGCUUGUUCUCAGCGGCUCCAAGAACUAGCUCAACCAAUUCUGCGCUAAGCUCCCUCAGAAAUGCUCCUGCCAGCUGCCCACAUCACCCCUUGAACAUCACUCUCUCUGUGCAAUGGCUGGAAAAUCUACUUGAACAGAGCACAGAGGCAGCACUCAGCAGUAACACUUUCUGGGAAUUCAAAUAAAAUCAUCAUUCCUUAAGAUUAGUCUUCAGGGAAAAUUAACAGAAUUUGACCAAAUGUGGGAAGAUUCUCUCCCUAGGAUGGGUUAUGUCUGAAGUUUCUCUCUUGAUUGUUUUGCUGUAAUAGUUUAAGAUGUAACAAAACAACUGCUGGGGGAAGGAACUGUCCUUUCAUGCAGGGAAGUGUGGCAAACCAAACCCAAGAGCAUGCAGUAAGCUGAUGCAACACAACUCCUGAAUUUGGGUUCAAAAAUUUUUGCUGAAGUUUAAACAUCUCCUGACACCCAGACGUUUUGUGCUUGUGACAGAAGUAGAUAUACAAAAGGCUACAAUGUAUGUUGAAUUGGCUUGGAUUUGGGGCCUGUUUUCUCAAAUGCCUGGAGAACAGGCAGACCCAGUUACACAGCUGGGUUAAAUCUGUGUGGUUCAGAUACUCAGUUGUGUGACCCCAGACAAAAUAAGAGAGUUCUGCAUUGGGAUUUUUGGAGCCUAACUCAAAAAAGCAGAUUUCCCCUCAGAGUAAGAGAGAAGGCACAUUGCAAGGGCUAAGCAGAAAACAGGUAUUGAUGCCAGAGUCUGCAGAACAAAUUCUGAGCUCCAGCUGGGUCUGUGGGUGAGUCACUUUGGCAGCUGGAUUGCAAGGGAACAACACAGCCUGUGUGGGGCAUGGCAUAAGGGAGAAUGCUUUUAUCUGUUUCCUACAAGGUCGGUGUGUUUUGCACUGGCUGCCCAACCACUGGCGACAGGCUGGAGAUACUGAGGCAAGAGAGAUGCUCACCAGGAAGAGAAAAAAGCCACAAAUGAAAGCAUAUGGCAGUUUCAGAGCCAAUGUAUUUUAAUCUUCCCUGUGUUAAGAUGGUUCUCCUUCCAAAGGAGUAGAGGGCAGGUGACCACAAACCAGAAGGGGAUUAAUCAGAGGAUCCAUUAAUUGAUUCAAUAAUCCACUAAGCAGAGGACUUUUGAAGGCUUUUGAACAAGGUAAGGUCACUGGGCAAUGGUGCUGGUUAUUUUUAGAGCAGGCAUUGCCCUAUGCCAGGAUGGAUGAGAGUUUGGACUUUGUGCAAGAGGCCCAGUGCAACUGCAUUCCUCAGGCUUGAGAAUGGCCAGGAGGAGACUGGGGUCUUCCCCUAAAGCCCCUACCCUGUGGGGGAACCCCAGCACCACCAGCCUCUGCCACCCUGGCAGUUAGGGUAUGUGUGGGGCUGUGUGGGCUGCCAUGCAUGGACCCACAGGUGCCUUAGGAGAUGAGGCUGCCCAUGGCUGUCCCUGUGGCAAGAGGGGAAACCCACAGUGCCCACUGAGGCUGCCUGGGAGAAAUGCUGCCCUUCCAGAGGAAGGAGUCCGCCUCCUGUCGUGGGGGCAGGGAGCACGAGCAGGGACAACACAGCUCCUCUCAUCAAAAAACUUAUUAUUGCACUGGGAAAAAUCCCAAAACAAGCCACGAGUUCUUUCCUCUUUAGUGACCUUUAACAGAAAGGUAAAAAAAGGCAUUCAAGGGGUGCUUCGCUUGGUCUGAUUAUGGUCUAGGCACUUGGUUUGCCAGUAUCCAGAGCUGAUUCAGGCAUGUUGAGCCAAACCAGGUCACCUGAACAACAUACCUGGUUUUCCAGAUGUCCUACUCUCUGGAUGAUCUGUACCUUAAAGCUAGCACACAUACUUUGCUUCUGAGGAUUGUAAGGAAAAGGAAUCUUUAUUUCUUCCUUCUAUAUUUGAACAUACAUCAUGGCAAAUUUCCUGCAAGCCUGGGACAAGGGCAUGAAAUUGCAUUUUCCUGUGCAGCUGCUGUUAAUGGGUUGGAAUCACUAGACAGGUUAUCAGCCAUCAAAAGUUGUAUACACACAUGUAUAUACAUAUAUAUAAAAUGGGAUUUUUUCUGGUUAUGUACAUGUUAAAUAAAACUUAUGUUAAAUAGCA